AUGACGAGCUGCAUAUUCGUGACGAUCGCAUGCUGCUUGGUGAGUGGCCUACUGGCGCAAACGGACUACUGCAAAACAACUUAUUGUCGUCCGGGACUAACGAACGUCGGUUGUAAUCCUCCUCCAGCAUCCGGUGGUGCUAGCUGCACUGGAAAGAGUCCUGCUGUAGUGGUAAUGGACUCCAAUCUGCAGACAUUGAUUCUUUCCGAGCACAACACUCGUCGAUCAAAGUUUGCCCUGGGCCAGUUGGCGCCAUUCCUGCCAGCGACUCGCAUGCCUACAAUCACCUGGGAUACGGAAUUGGCAAAUCAAGCCGGUAACAAUGCUCGUAGUUGCGUCUAUGGACACGAUAGUUGUCGUAACACAGCUAUGUACUUGAGGUCCGGACAGAAUAUUGCCUUUACCAUGCUUAAAGGCAUAACGAAAACCGCUGCCCAGCUGAUUAAAGAAUCCAUCAAUAGCUGGUGGAGUGAAUAUAGUGGCACCACGCAAUCUCAACUUAAUAGCUAUCCAUCGGGAUUCACGAGACCUGGGAUAUCACGUUUCACUCAAAUGGUAAAUGAUCAAACUGCCAAGAUCGGAUGCGCUAUGCAGUACUGGUUACAAGGACAAGAGAAAACGUACUACUUUGUCUGUAACUAUUCUUCUAUGAACGUGUUUGGUACUGCAGUAUACAAGGCAGGAAAAGCUACUUCCGGUUGUACUACGGGACGCAACCCGACUGCGGCACUAAGCGGACUAUGCUCACCUGCUGAAAAAAUUGUCCCUGUUUACAACUAA